AUGCAAUUCUCUACUCUCGCUUUGACCGCCGCUCUCGGUGCCACCUCCAUGGCCCAGCUUUUCAGCAACUCUUCUUCCAAGGCUUCUCCAGCCUCCACUGCUAUCACCACCGAGUACGAAGUUGUCACUGCUUACACCACCUACUGCCCAAACCCUACUGUCAUCACCACCAACAGUAAGACCUACACCGUCACUGCCCCAACCACUUUGACCAUCACCGACUGCCCAUGCACCAUCCCAAAGACGUUCACUUCUUCGGCCGCUGAUGUUGAGGUCACCGUCACCAAGGAGGAAGUUGUCACUGCUUUGACCACCUACUGCCCAAACCCUACUGUCAUCACCACCAACAGUAAGACCUACACCGUCACUGCUCCAACUACUUUGACCAUCACUGACUGCCCAUGCACUCUAACCACUGUGUCUACCGUUACUCACAGCUCUGCUGCUCCAGCCACCACUAGCACUGCUGCUCCAGCCACCACUAGCACUGCUUCGCCAGUUGGCUCUAGCUCUGCUGCCCCAGUCGCCUCUAGCUCCGCUGCUCCAGUCGCCUCGAGCUCUGCUGCUCCAGCUUCUUCCAAGUCUGCUGCUCCAGUUGCCUCUAGCUCUGCCGCUCCAGCUGGCUCUAGCUCUGCCGCCCCAGCUUCCUCCAAGUCUGCUGCUCCAGUUUCCGGCUCUUCCGUCACUCUAUCGUCUGUCACCGUUGCUUCUAAGGUGACUACUGGUGCUGCUGCCGUCUCCACCUACACUGGUGCUGCCAACAAGGUUGCUGUCGGUGGUGUUGCUGGUUUGGCCGCUGCCGCUGCUUUGUUGAUCUAA